AUGGCGAGGGGGGGUGCAGCCUUAUCGAGUGAACCUGCCACCACACCAGCGGCAGCAGCUGCUGCGGCGGCGGCUUCUGCUGGCGGUGCUGCUGCUAGCUCUACAGCUCUCGCGUCUCCGUCGGGGGCUUCUCAGGGGCCCUCUAGUGCAAAGACCAGGGCCUCUUCAGAGCAAACAGAACAGUGGGCUGGCAGAGGGCGCAAGGAGGGCCCCCAUGCUACUGCUGCGAGGCCAUCAGGAGCUCGGGGGGGGGCCCGCGGCGCGCCACAGUGGAAGGCGAAGAACUCCGCUCCAUCGUCAUCGCAACAGCAGCAACAGCAGUCUACAGCCGCCACAACGGCAGCAGGCGGCGGUGCACAGAAGGCGCCUCCUGCUGCUUCCUUGUCAGACCCACGUGUCGCUUCACAUCUCUCCCUUGUGAGAGACAUCCGCAUGACCUUCCCUUCAGAUGAUGUGCGUUCUGCUUCUCCAAGAACCGCCAGCAUGGUGGAGUCUGUUCACCCCGUCUUAGAGUGCUACAACUACAGCAAACAAGAUGUUCUCCAGCUUGUUCGCCGGUUGCAGCACCGAGAGGAUCUCAUACACAGCGAAGUCGCGAGGGUGAUCGAGGAGAGCACUGGACAUGAACAGGGUUCCUGGAAGAUGGUCGGAAAAAAGCAGCAGCAACAGCCGCAGCAGACAGGACCCAGACAGCAAACCAGAGGCUAUAGGCAGGGCAGAGACGGCAGGGGCUUCGAAGGACGUAGACAACAGCAACGCGGACAAGGCAGGCGCACAUAUUCGGAGAGGAGACAGAACGCGAGAGACCAGGAGAACAAAGGAUCGUCCCAGGCUCAAGGUGAGGGAAACGCAGAGACGCAGCAGCUUCAAUCUCAAGGUCAGGAGCAGCAGCAGCAUGAUGAAGAACAGCAGCAACAGCAGUGUGCCGAGGGGAUCUCUGCUGCAAGCGGUGUGAAGCAGGAGCAGCAGCAGCAACGCAGCCCAUCGGCUCCUAAGACAGAUGCCGCAUCUCAGCCUCCAGCAGCUCCAGCAGCCCCGGCGGCUGCAGCAGAAGCAACAGCAGCACAGCCAAGGACUUGGGCCGCUCGCCUGAUCCGGCCGGCGCCACAGCCGCAGCCGCCAGCUGCAGCAGCUCCAGCAGCUGCAGAACUGUCAAAGAGUGCAGGCGCAACACAAGCAGCAGCGCAAGCAGCACCGGCAGCAGCGCAAGCAGCACCGGCACCAGCAGCAUCAUCAGCACCAGCAGCAUCAUCAGCACCAGCACCAGCAGCAACAACAGCACCAGCAAGCCCCAAGCCAACAACAGCAGAUGCUGCACACAGAGGCAGACGCACUCCGUGUGCCCCGUCGCCGCGUUCGCAUUCUCCUGCGCCUGCUGCUGCUGCUACCGAGCAGCAGCAGCAGGAGCAGCAGCACAGUCAGGCUUUGCUUCCGCCGAGUGCCAGCUCAGCUGCUCCUUCGUCGUCCUCCGCUAAGCGGGAGGUGUCUCCUAUUGCUGUUCAGGGGCGAUCCAGGAGCCCGUCUCCAGCGCCAGCUAGCGCAGCAGCAACGGCAGCUUCACCAGCAGAAGCGGCGCCGCCGAGUCCACCGCACUCCCCGAAGCCGCAGUCGCCAGAAGCAGCACCGGCAGAAGCAGCAGCGGUGCCUUCUGUAACAGUGACGCCAGCAGAACCGGUUGUGAUGCCUGCUAGGUUUAGAGGGGCCUCCAACUUCGGCUCUAAGGCGUUGGUCUUUGGGUCGGUCUCCUCUUCGUUCGAGCCCUUCCAUGCUGCUACACAGCAACAACCGCAGCAGCAACGGCAGCAGCAACAGCCGCAGCCACAGCAACAGCAGGCCGCUGCGCCGGAGCCGCAGCAGCCACAGCAGCAGCAGCAGACGCAGCCUGGGGGAGGGUACGACGCGUCCGCAGGUGCCAUCUACCUGCCGCAGCAGCAGGAGCAGCAGCAACAGGAUAUGGACCGCAUCUUCGAAAUUGAAGCAGCACAGCGGAAGGCUGCUCAGAAACAGCAGCAGCAGCAACAGCAGCUACUGCAACAGCACCAGACGGACCCAGGCCAGAAAGCCGUUGGUCGCUCAUGUGUUGAACCGCAGCAGCAGCACAUGCAGCAACAACAGCAGCACAUGCAACAGCAACAGCAGCACAUGCAGCAGCAACAGGAACAGAGACUACACCACGACCGUCAGCAGCAGCGGCGGGGGCAGCAGCAGCAGCACCACUACGGGCAGCAGCAGCCGCACCACUAUGGGCAACAGCAGCAGCAGCAGCACCACCAGCAGCCGCAGCACUACGGGCAGCAGCAGGCCGGGCGAGGGAGCUGGGGAGAUGCCAACGGCUUCAAUCGCAGCGUGGGACCUUUAAUGCAGCAGCAGCAACAACAGCAGCAGCAGCAAGGCAAGCAGCAACCUCCCCCGCCGCCGUCGGGAGGUUCUUUGGACGGCUCCGCUCACCAGCAGCGGCAGCAGCGCGAUGAGAUGAAGCAACAGCAGCAGCACUACAACAGUGGCAAGGCCACCCCUGGGCAACAGCAGCAGCAGGCUGCAGCAGCAGCAGCUUACAACAACUCACACGCCUUCACGCCUCCUCCUGGCCUGGCGCCUAACCUCACGGGGCAGCCGGCAGCAGCAGCAGCAGCAUACAGCUAUCCCAACUACCACGGGCUUACAACGUAUCCCCAGUACAAUAGCGUCUACUAUGGGCACGGCAAUCUUUUGCCGCACUACGGGAUUAUGGGGGGCCCCUAUGGUGCCAAGGGAGGCCCGGGAGCCCUCCCCCAGGGAUACAUGCACAACUAUCCUCCUUACACACACCAGGAUUCUUUCGACGAUGCUGCAGCGGCAACCGCAGCAGGAGGGGCCCCAACGGAGAUGUACGCAGGUGCAGCAGCAGCAGGUACAGCACCCGCUGGUGCCGCUGGUGCAGCAACUGCGCCUCAGACCCCUGGAGUUGUCCUCGCUCCUGCAGCAACAGGCGCAGCAGGAGCAGCAGGUGCUGGAGUAACGGGCCCGCAGCAGCACCAGCAGCACGCUGCAGCAGCUCCGGCCGGAGCGGCGGCAGCAGGACAAGGCGUCUCAACCUUUUACAACCCCAGUCUUCAUGUGGCGGGUGUUGCUGCAGCAAACCCCUACCCUGCAGCCUCAGCCUCUGCCACUGCUGCUGCGCCUCCAGGAUUUUCAGGCAGCAGCUUCCAACACCCGCAGCUAAAGGUCGGGACCCCGCCUGCCAGCGGCAAUGCGGGAGGAGCGCAGUAUCACUACAGCAGCGCCAGUAGCGGGGCUCCCCCUGCCAGCAGCAGCAGCUCCGGGGGCCCUAUUGGGGGUAGGGCUGAGCAGCAGCACCAGCAGCAGCCGCAGCAGGGACAGUUGAACAGCAACUCGGUCGUGUCCACUCAAUAUGGAAAGAACAGCAAUUUCAAGCAGCAGCAGCAGCUGAGCAGCAGUUACCACCGCGGGGGUAGCAGCAGCAGCGCGGACCAGCAACAGCAGCAGCAGCAACAGCAGCAGCAGGCUGCGGUGGCUGCUGCUGCCGGGGGGUACUACAACUACAACGCGUACACACACUACUCUCAGCCUCCUGGGCUUGCCAGCAACUUUUACCAGACUUCUUAUCAGCAGCAGAACCAGAACUACUCCAACCAGGGGCGCCAGACCUAUGGCAGUUAUUCGAACCCCUCAAUGUGGAGUUAG